UUAGGAGAUCAGCUUAUGUUGUAUGGAAUUAUCCAGCUGAACUAUUUUAUAAUUAGGAGAUCAAAUCAUGUUGAAUGGAAUUAUUCAGCUGAACUAUUUGCUUUCUCGGCAAGGUUGGGGGAACAAAUACCUUCCAAGUUGUUAGAAGAUGUGUUCACUACUGAAGGAUAUAUAGAAGCAGAAAAGGAAAAAUACGCCCAACUAAAUAUUCAAGAUAUAAGUCUGCAGAUGAAAUCUAAUAAAAAUCUGGCGAACAAGGGUGAGGAUAUUCUUGAGAGCGUGGUCUCAAGCUGGUUAAGGGGGGCGUUCCCCGCUCUUCCAGAGGAGGGUAUUCAGGCAGUUAAGGAGUAUUUAUUAUCUGAAGAAACCCUAGCUGAAGUUUCAUUUCAUAUUGGAGCAAAG